UAUCUCACACAAGCCUCAUUUUAUUAUUUUUUUUUAAACUUUACAUAUAAUAAUUGAAGGGGCGGCCAUCUUGGUUCCCUGUCAACUUUUCCAUUUGAUCUGAAUAAAAAUAAAUCCCCCUUCUCCCUCCAGAUUUUUUUUUUUUUUUUAUAUUUUUCCACCCCCCCCUCCUCCCUUUUAUUUAUAUUUUGUAUAUUUCUAUCAAUCUCUUUUGAUUGUAGGGGGAACCUACUGGAACAUUAUCACCUAUUUUGAACAAAGAAAUGAGAAUGAUUUUGCUCCCCUCCCCCCACACCCAGUGAUGCUGCUGUUUUCCCUGAGGUGAUUUAUUUUUUUACGUGUUUUUUCUCAUUUGUUUUAUGAUUUUUUGACAUUUUGGGGGGGGAAUAUUUUUUAUUUUUUUUGGGGGGAAAACUAAAAGCCUUGGGGGCACGGCCGGGAGCUCCGGAGCAGGCAGCCGGGCUGAGCUGAGGGGAAACGGGAGGCUGCAGCCCAAUGUCAUCGCCGCUCAGGGACGACGAGGAGGAAGAAGAGGAGGAAGAAAUGGCCGAAGAAGGGGACGGCGAGAAGGAGGAGGAUGAAGAUGAAGAAGAGGAGGAGGAGGAAAGCCGAGAGCAGGCGACACCAAGCCGCCAUUGCAGCCCCAGCCUCUAUUUCCCGCCAACAGCCUCCAGGGAGCCGGGGAGUGUUGAAACCGAUUCCACGCCGCCGGUGCCAGCUGCCGCAGAUCAGGAUGAUGACAACUUAUCUCCUGUGCCUUCUCCCCAACAACCCAUCACAAAGAAGAAGAGAGGACCUAAGAAAAAAGUCAAAGACAAAGUGAAAAUACCAAAGGCCGUCAAACCUCGCAAGCGCAAAAAGCCAGACAGCGAUGAGGACUUGCGCUGGGAUGAGGGUUUUGGCGAUCAAGCCUCUCAGGACAGCGACAGCGAGCUGGGCGGGAAAAAAAGAAAGAAAAAACACAAAGAAAAGAAGGAAAAGAAAACCAAGAAAAGGAAAAAGGAAGAAGUGGUUGUGGUCCAGCGCAAGGUGGAACAAAAGUCGUCUGCAGUGCUGCUGGCAAGUUGGGGUUUGGAGGAUGUCGAUUAUGUCUUCACAGAUGAAGAUUAUCACACGCUGACCAACUACAAAGCAUUCAGCCAGUUUAUGAGGCCUCUCAUUGCUAAGAAGAAUCCCAAGAUUCCCAUGUCCAAGAUGAUGACCAUUCUAGGUGCCAAGUGGAGGGAAUUCAGCGCAAACAAUCCUUUCAAAUCCUCACCUGCAGCGGUGGCGGCCGUGGCAGCGGCAGCCGCGGCGGCAGUUGCAGAGCAAGUAACUCCUGUGGCCCUCCCCACUACAGCAACCGUUACUCCGGCAUUGCCAAUGCGCAGAGCCAAGACUAAGGAGGGAAAGGGCCCCGGGCAUAAGAAGCCGUACAAGAGCCCACGAGUGGCAGAACCAAAGAAAGUUGGCAAAAAGAAAAUGGCACCUCUGAAGAUCAGGCUGGCAGGGAUGAAACGCAAGGCUGGCAGUUCUAGUGAAGAGAUAGAUGUUGGAGAGGCAUCAGACUUGGAAAACUCAAGUGUCCACAGCUCGUCGGCUCCUUCAGACAGCUCUGGAAGAGUUAAGAGGAAAAGAGGAAGGCCUGCAAGGAAAAAGAAAAAAGUUGCAGUGGAGGAGGGGGUGUCUGCAGGGGAAGGCUAUGAGACUGACCAUCAAGACUACUGUGAAGUCUGUCAGCAGGGAGGCGAGAUUAUCCUGUGCGACACCUGUCCGAGAGCGUAUCACCUGGUGUGCCUGGAACCUGAGCUAGAACGGGCGCCACAGGGCAAGUGGAGCUGCCCCCACUGUGAGAAGGAGGGUGUCCAGUGGGAAGCCAAGGAGCUCGAGGAAGAAGAGAUGGAAGAGCCCAAAAGGGAGAGGCGGGAGGAGGAAGACGACCACAUGGAGUUCUGCCGAGUGUGUAAAGAUGGAGGGGAGCUGCUGUGCUGCGAUGCUUGUGUCUCCUCCUACCACAUCCACUGCCUCAAUCCUCCGCUGCCCGACAUUCCACACGGGGAGUGGCUCUGCCCGCGCUGCACGUGCCCACAACUGAAGGGCAAAGUGCAGAAAAUCCUACACUGGCGCUGGGGCGUACCCCCUGAAGGAGUCCCGCUCCCUCAGCCGCUGGAUGGGGCCCAAGAUGAGGAGCCGCCUCGAGCCUUGCAAGGGCGCUCGGAGAGGGAGUUCUUUGUCAAGUGGGCAGGGAUGUCGUACUGGCACUGCUGCUGGAUCACUGAGCUACAGCUGGAGAUCUUUCAUACAGUCAUGUACCGCAACUUCCAACGGAAGAACGACAUGGACGAACCCCCUCCCUUUGAUUACGGCUCCGGGGAGGACGAGGGCAAGAGUGAGAAAAGCAAGGAUGCCGAGUACUCCGACUUAGAGGAAAGAUUCUACCGUUACGGCAUAAAGCCUGAGUGGAUGUCUAUCCAGAGAAUCAUCAACCACAGUCUGGAUAAGCGAGGGAACUAUCACUACCUUGUGAAAUGGCGAGACCUGUCCUAUGAUCAGUCCACGUGGGAGGAGGAUGCCAUGAAGCUGCCAGACUAUGAAUACCACAAGCCGUUGUACUGGAGGCACAGGCAACUGAUGAUGGGAGAUAGUGCCUGCUGCCCUCAGAAAUACAAGAGACAACAUAAGGAAUCCUAUUUACACGGGGUCCCCAGCUCUCCUAUAAAUGACCCUACAGUGAAGUAUGAUACCCAACCCCAGUUUGUAUCGAGCACGGGCGGCACACUGCAUAUGUAUCAGCUGGAGGGACUCAACUGGCUGCGAUUCUCUUGGGCCCAAGGAACCGACACCAUCCUGGCGGAUGAGAUGGGACUUGGAAAGACGAUACAAACCAUUGUUUUUCUGUACUCCUUGUAUAAAGAGGGACACACGCAGGGCCCCUUCCUUGUCAGCGCCCCUCUUUCCACCAUCAUUAACUGGGAACGCGAGUUCCAGAUGUGGGCCCCCGACUUCUACGUGGUGACGUACACCGGCGAUAAAGACAGCAGAUCCGUCAUCCGAGAGAAUGAGUUUUCCUAUCAGGAUAACGUCAUGAAAGGGGGGAAGAAAGCCUUUAAGAUGAAGGCGCAGGCCCAGGUGAAGUUCCACGUUCUCCUCACCUCUUAUGAACUGGUCACAAUUGACCAGGCUGCUCUGGGAUCCAUUCGAUGGGCCUGCCUGGUGGUAGAUGAGGCUCACCGAUUGAAAAAUAACCAGUCCAAGUUUUUCCGGGUGUUAAAUGGAUACCAGAUCGAUUACAAGCUGCUCCUCACAGGAACGCCCCUGCAGAACAAUCUGGAAGAACUGUUCCAUCUGCUCAACUUCCUCACCCCUGAGAGAUUCAAUAACCUGGAUGGGUUCCUGGAGGAAUUCGCCGACAUCUCCAAAGAAGAUCAGAUCAAGAAACUGCAUGACCUCUUGGGGCCUCACCUUCUGCGGCGGAUGAAGGCCGAUGUGUUCAAGAACAUGCCGGCCAAAACGGAGCUGAUUGUUCGCGUGGAGCUCAGCCCGAUGCAGAAGAAAUACUAUAAAUUCAUCCUCACCCGUAACUUUGAGGCUUUGAACUCCAGAGGAGGAGGGAACCAAGUGUCUCUUCUCAACAUCAUGAUGGACCUGAAGAAAUGUUGCAACCACCCCUAUCUCUUCCCAGCGGCUUCACUGGAGUCCCCAAAACUGCCCAGUGGGGCCUAUGAAGGAGGGUCGCUUGUUAAAGCGUCUGGGAAACUGCUCCUUCUACACAAGAUGCUGCGGAAGCUGAAUGAGCAGGGGCACCGUGUCCUUAUAUUCUCUCAGAUGACGAAGAUGCUGGAUAUCCUGGAGGACUUCCUGGAUUUUGAGGGUUAUAAAUACGAGCGGAUAGAUGGUGGCAUAACGGGUGCUUUGAGACAGGAGGCUAUUGACCGGUUUAAUGCUCCAGGUGCUCAGCAGUUUUGUUUCCUGCUCUCCACCCGUGCCGGUGGACUCGGUAUAAACCUUGCUACAGCCGACACUGUUAUUAUAUAUGAUUCUGAUUGGAACCCCCAUAAUGAUAUCCAGGCAUUUAGCCGUGCUCAUCGGAUUGGUCAGGCCAAUAAGGUGAUGAUUUACCGCUUUGUGACGCGGGCGUCUGUGGAAGAGCGGAUAACGCAGGUGGCCAAAAGAAAAAUGAUGUUGACUCACCUGGUGGUGCGGCCAGGCCUGGGCUCCAAGGCAGGUUCCAUGUCCAAGCAGGAGCUUGAUGACAUACUGAAAUUUGGAACAGAGGAGCUGUUUAAGGAUGAGAUUGAAGCCGGUGAUAACAAGGAAGAUGACAGCAGUGUGAUCCAUUAUGAUAACGGAGCCAUUGAUCGCCUACUGGAUCGCAAUCAGGAUGUAACUGAGGACACAGAGGUUCAGAACAUGAACGAGUAUCUCAGCUCCUUCAAAGUGGCCCAGUAUGUGGUACGGGAAGAGGAGAAGCUGGAAGAACUGGAAAGGGAGGUUAUAAAGCAAGAGGAGAAUGUGGAUCCCGACUACUGGGAGAAGCUGCUGAGGCACCACUAUGAGCAGCAGCAGGAAGACCUGGCGCGGAACCUCGGCAAGGGGAAACGGGUGCGCAAGCAGGUCAACUACAACGAUGCUGCACAGGAGGACCAAGACAACCAGUCUGAAUACUCGGUGGGCUCGGAGGAGGAAGAUGAAGAUUUUGACGAAAGGGCGGAAGGCCGCAGGCAGUCUCGCCGCCAGCUACGCAAUGAGAAGGACAAGCCUCUGCCACCGCUGCUAGCUCGGGUUGGCGGCAACAUAGAGGUUCUGGGGUUCAACACCCGGCAAAGAAAGGCUUUUUUGAACGCAGUGAUGCGCUGGGGGAUGCCGCCGCAAGAUGCGUUUUCUACUCACUGGCUAGUGAGGGAUCUGAGAGGCAAAUCGGAGAAGGAAUUCAAAGCGUAUGUGUCUCUCUUUAUGAGACAUCUCUGCGAGCCCGGCGCGGACGGUUCAGAGACAUUUGCCGACGGCGUUCCCCGCGAGGGCCUCUCCCGACAACAGGUUCUGACCCGCAUCGGAGUUAUGUCUUUGGUUAAAAAAAAGAUACAGGAGUUUGAGCAUAUAAAUGGUCGCUGGAGCAUGCCGGAGCUUAUGCCGGACCCUAGCCUAGACUCCAAGCUCUCAUCCAGAGCCUCCUCUCCCACUGUAAAAACCUCCACCACCACUCCAGAGCCAAGCCUUACUAACACCCCAUGCACCUCCAAGCCAGCCACACCAGCCCCAAGUGAGAGGGGAGAGAAUGGCGGGACCCCUGUCGACACAGGGGAAGCAGAGUGCAAGGAGGAGAAAGAAAAUGAUUUGAAGGGAACAGAGAAGAGAGACAUUGUGCCUGAACAGACGGCAACUGCAAGGGUAUCUAAUAUUACUCCCAGUCCCAAGGACACCGUGAACCCUGUUUGUAAUUCAGGGUCGGAAAGAAGCAGGGAGAAGCCAUCGGAACCUCCUGAUCUCACUCCUGGGAGGGAGGAACCAAAGGCAGAAUCAGCAGCCGCUGCGGAGACAGUUGGUGACAAACCAUCAGCUGUUGCCCCUGAACCUGAAAAACCACUAGAGGGCGUCACAGAGCGAGACGGAGCAUUACAGCGGCAGGAAGGGGUUGGGGAACCACAGAGAGCAGAGGAGGUGAAGCCAGAGAGAGAAGCUGUGAAGGACACCAAAAUGAACAUUCAGAAGGAAGAAGUGAAGAGCAGCAAUGGGAGGAAAGAAGAGAACAGACCAGAAAGACCAAGAUUUAUGUUUAACAUCGCAGAUGGUGGGUUCACAGAACUCCAUACCCUGUGGCAGAAUGAGGAGAGAGCGGCCAUCUGCUCCGGCAGGCUGAAUGACAUCUGGCAUCGCCGGCACGAUUACUGGUUAUUGGCCGGCAUUGUGGUACAUGGCUACGCUCGCUGGCAAGACAUUCAGAACGAUUCCCCAUUCGCCAUCAUCAAUGAACCCUUUAAAUCGGAGGCCAACAAGGGAAAUUUCCUGGAGAUGAAGAACAAAUUUCUUGCUCGGCGAUUCAAGCUGCUGGAGCAGGCCUUAGUGAUUGAGGAGCAGCUACGGAGGGCAGCCUAUCUCAACAUGACCCAGGACCCCUCUCACCCAGCCAUGGCCCUUAACGCUCGCUUCUCCGAGGUGGAAUGUCUCGCCGAGAGUCACCAGCACCUCUCCAAGGAGUCCUUAGCGGGGAACAAGCCAGCCAAUGCCGUGCUUCAUAAAGUGCUCAACCAGCUGGAGGAGCUGCUGAGUGAUAUGAAGGCGGAUGUAACUCGCCUCCCCGCCUCCCUCGCACGUAUCCCGCCCAUCGCGGCAAGACUGCAGAUGUCAGAGCGCAGUAUCCUGAGCCGGCUUGCAAGCAAGGGGAGCGAGAGCACAGCUCCUCCGGUGUUCCCUCCUGGCCCUUACACCACUCCUCCCAUGUUUGGGGCCACAUUCCCCAGCAACCCCCAGUCGGCAGCACUCACGGGGACGAACUAUAACCAGAUGCCUCUCGGCUCUUUCCUGUCUGCUUCUAACGGACCCCCAGUUCUUGUGAAAAAGGAGCGAGAGAUGGAUUUGCUGGACAGAAAGGAGAGCCGAGGAGGGGAGGUAAUCUGCAUUGAUGACUGAAGCACUUACCCCCGCCUCCCACUCGCUAAGCCAAUGGGUGAAGCCCAGUAUUAAGGGCGACCCAGGAUGGAGGAUGACAAACCGGGACUGUCUGUAUAGCGCUGCCGCUUUCAGUGUCACACAGGGGGGCUACCAAUCGGCCCCCUCUCCUGCUUGGUGACAUACAAGUGCAAUGAAUCCUGUUCCCGCCCCUCCCAGAAAGGGGCCGAGCAGUGCUACCCCCUGAGUCUCCCCCGUGACCCCGCCCCCUUUCCAGUGACCUCUGUUCCCGCCGACGUUGUAUACCAUGUAUAUACUCACACACAUCGCUUCCCGUAUACCGCUGCCUGGCCUGCAACGCCUCGUGUGGUUCUGUCUUUCAUAUGGUCUGCUCCUCCCCGCCCCGUGAUGUACAUAUAAAUUAUACUUUUUAUUUCUGUCCGCAAGAGAA